AUGCUGACUUGGCACAUUCUGCAUUGUUGUCUGCCUGGGAGCCAUCAUGCAUCAACCGGAUUGAAGCCGGUCAUGACAGCUGGGAGGCCAUGCAGGCACCACUGCCGGCGAUUGCGAGAAAAAGAAGCCCAUGGUCAUGGUGGUGUUGGGCAGCAAAUUUCCAUCGACGUUGAGAGUGGAGAAGCGAUCUCUUUUGCCUUUACGUGGCUUUUCUCGCGGACUCGGCUACCGGAUCGGGCAAGUGCUUCGUCUACUUCCUUCCCGGGCUCGGCACACGCACAGAGGCCAUCUUUGGCAGGCACACAGAACCUUCUUUGGUUGCGCCUGCUUGUGCUUGUGGCUAGCUUUCUGUUCCUCUUUUCCAGCGUCUCAGAACCUCAACCCCUUGAUAGGUACGAAGGCUGGGAUGUGAUGUGGUUCAUGUACCCGGAUUUCCAACUUGAGUAUACCAAUUACCUACUCAGUCCAGCCUCUCUCAUCAAUUCACACUCUACAGUAUUGCCCCCCCAGAUGCGGCCAGACCCCUGA